UAAUACGUCAUGAUAAGACAAAUUUGCCGACUAACAGGUAAAACCAAUAAAACAAUUUAUUAAAAAUUUGUAACUGAACUUACUGAACUCACUGAAGCACUAACUGUUGAGGUACAUAUUAUAUUUUAUUUCGUGUAAGUCUCAAAUUCCCAAAGAGUAAGAAUGUCUUGGAUACCUUUAGAAUCUAAUCCGGCGGUGAUGAACAAGUUUUUGCAAAAUUUGGGAGUACCAAAGGAAUGGGAAGUAUGUGAUAUUUUUGGAUUUGGGCCCGAUGAACUUGCAAUUGUUCCUAGACCAGUUGCUUCUGUAAUUUUAUUAUUUCCAUACAAUGACGCUUAUCAAAAACGUAAGGAUGAAGAAGAGUUAAAAUUGAAAGAUAAAGGUCAACAAGUAUCGGAUGAUAUAUAUUUUAUCAAACAAUAUGUACACAAUGCUUGUGGAACUAUGGCUUUAAUUCAUAGUGUUGCUAAUAAUAGAGAUAAAAUCCAAUUAAAUGAUGGUAUAUUAAAACGUUUUUUGGACGAUGGAAAAGAUAUGUCUCCAAGUGACCGCGGUGAGAUGUUAAAAACAGCUGAAGAUAUAAUUAAUACUCAUAAAGAAAUUGCUAUUGAAGGACAAACUGCGGCACCCAAUCCAGAAGAUGUACCACCUUAUCACUUUAUUGCAUUUGUUUGCAAGGAUGGAAGCUUAUAUGAACUAGAUGGUGGAAAGUUUGAUCCUAUUAAUCACGGAUCUACAAGUCCAGAUUCAUUGCUUGAAGAUACAGUUAAUUUAAUCCAAGAAAAAUUUGUUGUUCAAGAUCCUGACAGUUUAUACUUUACCUUACUAGCAUUAUCAAAUGUAUGUGAUGCUUACUAAGGAUUGAACAUUUUAUCAUUUUUACAUUUGAUGAGAAAUUUUUUUCUCUUUAAGCUGAUUUCAAAUAUUAAUAUUAUCUAUCUACUUUUUAUAA